CGGCCUUUACGGCAGUAGACUGGUGUUUCCGGCAGCAGUGCAGCAUGGAGGGAUGUGUUAUUGAUUAUUGGAUGUGCUAUUGAUUAUUGGAUGUGCUAUUGACGGCUGAGAUGGAAGAAACGGACUUUAAUGAUCUUCUAGAUGAUUGGUUCAUCGACUCCCUGAAGACGUACAAAGAUCUUCAUGUGUAUCAGCUGGAACAUCCCACACAGGUCAUCGAGUGGACGUCAGGGAGGACCGUGUGUGUGGCGGGAAACAGUCCGUCUAAAAAUGAAAUUCUGGAGCUGCAUUUGCCUCUGAAACUGUUGGCUGAUGAAAAUAAGGGUCUCUGUGCAGAACGGGACUUUAAAGUUGUCCACGGUGGGUUCACAGACGGUCCCGUUCGCUGCCUCAGACACGUCCCAGGAACGAGGUGUGUUGUUACCAACGACGGGUGGAGCUCCGACCUGCAGGUGUGGACCGUCGGAGGAGACAACAGCGACGUGAUCAGAAGAACAGGCCGUGUUGAGGGGAGGUCGGUUUCAGAGGGCGGCAGCAGGAUCGCAGCUGGACUCUCGUCACAAGUUCUUCACGGAGCUCAGAGCAGCGACGUCCAGCUGACUCAACUGACCUCAGGACAGAUUCUCUAUACACUAGAGACGGACACAGCAGAUCGUCUGAGUUCUUUACACUUUGUGAGCGACGCCGUCUUCCUCGCCGGCUGCUGUAACGGGAACGUUUACAUCGCCGACACUCGGACGUCUGCUGCUCCUCAGUUGUCCCCUCCACCGGCGUCUUCAUGUGAAUCCGUCCUCUGGUGGACGGACGCUUCGGGAGGUCCGUCCACCUGCAGCGUUGUCAGACUGUCUUCGUCUGGACAGGCGGUGAUUUCAGACCUGAGGAACCCAGGAGGAGCUGUGAGUCGGGCUCAGCUGGACGUCCAAUCACGUCGCUGCAGCCUGGAUGACGUCAGAGUGUUGUGGGCUCCGGCGCUGGACGACUGUAUCUCAGUGUCAGGUUUCAGUGGAGCGGUUCAGAUCUACAACACAUCAGUCUGGAGGACGGAGCUGCAGGAAGUUCAGCCGCUGUUUGAGCAUCGUGGUCACGCAGUUUCAUCGCAGUCUGAUGACGACGUCUUCGUCACCUCCCACAUCUGGCAUCCCGAGCGGCCGCGGACGCUGCUGUCUGCAGCCUCGGACGGCUCCGUCCACGUGUGGGACUGGGUCGACCAAUCGGCUGCCAGCUGACGGGUCAAAGCAAAGAUGUAGUUCACCUGGGAAGAGGAGGAUUAUGUUAUCUCUGAGGGACUGCUCGAUGCACUUGCAUGGGUCAAGAACAUUUCACUGAAACCACUGCUGAAAACACAACAGUCUGAUUUAGCAGCUGCUUUCAAUACCUUCCUCUGUGGAUUCCAGUACUGCCUCCACUUUAUGCCUCUGCGCCAGAGAGAUUAUGAUUUUGAGAUGUCCGUACGUACGUCCGACUCAUUCUCGUGAACGCGAGGACACCUCAAAGGAAUUUCUUCAAAAUUUGGCACAAACAUCCACCUGGACUCGAGGAUGAACUCAUUAGAGUUUUUGUGGUCAAAGGUCACUGUGACCUCACAAAACACGUUUUUGGCUAUAAUUCAAGAAUUCAUAUGCUAAUCAUGACAAUUUCACACACGUCUAACCGACAACAUGGUGAAGUGAUGACAUUUUAGACAGACAUGGAUGUAAACGGUAACUCGACUGGUUGGUGGAGGCGGACAGCUGUGAGGCUAGUGAUGGGAUGGAGAAAUUAAUUAAUUACAGAAACAAUUCAGGAAAACUACUGUAACAAACAAAGUUUAGAUCAUAGAGAGAACAUCAUCUGUCUUCAGUAAACAUCAACAGAACUUUGCUGUUGGAUUAAACUGCUGUAAAUUAAAUACAAAUGAAAUCAGAUGGCUUCUGGUUUUUGUAUUACAGCACAUAUUUGUAUUGGAAAUUGCAUUCGCUAACUAAAUAUUUAGUCUGCAGAGAGCUGGGGAGAACAGUUGGGUCAGAAGAGGCUGAAAUGGUUUUAGGAUAUUUUGUCUUUCACAUAUUUUAGUUUACAGAAAUAAAAAACAUGAU